AUGACAAAGGCUCAAGCCUUCCUGGUUGAAGGCGUCAACGCCCCCUUCAAGCUGACCGAUGUCGAGUUGGACGAGCCGCUCGAGAAUGAGGUCCUUGUAAAGAUUACUGCCUGCGGCCUUUGUCACACCGACUUCUUGAUCCCCGCCGGAAUCUUCCCUUCCCCCUACCCCUGCACAGUAGGCCACGAAGGCUCCGGCACCGUCGUCAGCGUCGGAUCAGCCGUCAAGUCCGUCCAGAAAGGCGACUCGGUCCUUCUCUCCUUUGCGCACUGCGGAGAAUGCGGGUACUGCAAGGAAGGGAAGGUUGCGGCUUGUAAGGAGUUCUAUGAGCGCAAUUUUGGGCGUGUGCGGAAUGCGAGUGUAGAUGCGAGACCGGUGGGAAAGAUUAUCGGCGCAGGAACGGAGGUUCACGGCACCUUCUUCGGCCAAUCGUCCCUCGCCUCGCACUGCCUCGCCGUCGAAUCCUCCGUCGUCAAAGUCCCCUCCUCCACAGAUCUCUCGCUCUUUGCGCCCCUCGGUUGCGGACUGCAAAGUGGUGCAGGAGCGGUGUUGAAUUUGUUCCAGCCGCAACGAGACGAGACGAUCGUGAUCUUUGGCCUUGGUGCGGUCGGCUUUGGCGCCUUCUGGGCUGCCGUCCACCUCGGCAUCAAAACCAUCAUCGUCGUCGACCUGCUGCAAUCCCGUCUCACACUCGCCUCCUCCCAAGGCGCGACCCACACCUUCCUCGGCUCCUCUCCCUCUCUCGUCGCGGACAUCCACGCCGCGACGGGCGGGAUGGGCGCACACUAUGCGGUAGAGUGUACGGGCGUUGCGAGGGUUCUGAGGAGUGCUUGGGAGGCGGUGAGGAAUGGUGGCAAGGUGUGUAGUGUAGGAAACCCGGGGCCGGGCGUCUUGCCGCCGUUCGACAUCAACGACCAGGUCAACACGAGCAAGUCGUGGUGCGGCCUCGUCGAAGGCGACUCGAACCCGCCAGAGUUCAUCCCGCGCCUCAUGAAACUUCACGCCGACGGCGAGUUCCCCGUCGAGACCAUCUCGAAGGUCUACCCGGUCGCAGAGUUUGACAAGGCCGUCGAGGACAUGAAGAAGGGCGAGGUCAUCAAGCCCAUUAUUUCGUUCGUUUGA